UCUUCCUUCCCCUCUCUCUCUCUCUCUCUCUCUCUCUCUGAGCUGAAGAAACAUUCGGAAGAAAAUUACAUCAUUUAAGAAAUGCUGUUAGGGAAGCGCCCACGCCCUCCAAUCAGGAGAACAACAAGCAUGACUGGGAUUACCGUUGAUAUGAGCGACGUGGAAGGCCAGGAACCGACUGAUGAACUCCAAAACCCCGCCGCCAUGAACGAUGUGCAUGCAGUUGCAGUUGCAGCGACGGUGGUGGACGCACAAGGACCUGCUCCUGUGAUUAAUAAUAAUAAUUAUUAUGAUAUUGAAAAGAUGAACAUGAACAACUUAGGGUACCAUGAAGAGCACCGUUUCUUGGCCAUGUUAUCACCCAGAAACAACCACACAAGGAGGAAUUCCCCAUCUCAUGAUGUUGUGGAGACCGCUCACUUCCUUCGCACAUGUGGCCUCUGCAAGCGCCAGCUCGCUUCAGGCCGUGACAUCUAUAUGUAUAGGGGAGACACAGCGUUUUGUAGUCUAGAAUGUAGAGAGCAACAGAUGAAGCAGGAUGAGAGAAAAGAGAAGUGUAAAGCUGCGUCCUCAAAGAUAGAGGACCGCCAUGCGGCGUCACGAUCCACCUCCAAGGCCUCCUCCGGCAAGGGUCAGACUGUGGCGGCUGCCUGAUCAAACAAAGCAAGCCGAAGGGAUGAAGAUAAUCCAUCAUUUUCCUCAAUUGCGUGCCCCCAUGGACGUUGUUUACAUAAUAGUACUACCGCAGGUUUGUGUUGCUUCUAGGCUGCUAGCUGAUGUAUGUAUGGUUAUGUAAAAUUAAUUGUAAAAAAGGUCUGUGGGUGCAUUUGUUUUACGGAUCAUGCAACUGGACUUUGGCCAAAGCUUUAUAAUAUUGCAAUUUUCUUAGAUUCUCUCA